CUGUGGAAUGCGACCAGAGGACAAGGGCAUGCUCGGUGGUGGAGGCAACGAUGGGGGUCUGGCCAGCGCCGCGGCGCGGGGACAAGUGGAGACAGUGCGGCAGCUCCUGGAAGCCGGCGUGGAUCCCAACGGAGUCAACCGCUUCGGGAGGCGACCAAUUCAGGUCAUGAUGAUGGGCAACACCCGCGUGGCCGAGCUCCUGCUGCUCCACGGCGCCGAGCCCAACUACGCCGACCCGGUCACCCUCACCCGACCGGUGCACGACGCCGCCCGGGAGGGCUUCUUGGACACGCUGGUGGCGCUGCACCGGGCCGGGGCGCGGCUGGACGUGCGCGACGCGUGGGGCCGCCUGCCCGUGGACCUGGCUGAAGAGAAGGGCCACCUCGACGUUGCACGGUACCUGCGCGCUGCCGCGGGGGACUGAGGGCGGUGCAGUGCGGCCGCCCACAACCAAGUUUUCCCUCGCCGAUACCCUACCCUUACUUACCCAGUUCCA